AUGCCAAUCGCUGACGCGUCCGCCGAUAGAUCGAUAAACUUGCGCGUGCGACUGUACUGUGGCGAGUAUGCCAACUGGCAGCAUAUUAUAGCCUUACCGCUACUGUUUCAUACAAGAGCUUUGGGCGCGGCCUCCUACGGCCACGUCAGCUAUUUGCUCGUGACCAGAGGGCUAAGCCAUUCAAGGCUAAGGCGCGGGGGCCAGUUUUUGGCCGCUCCCGACCAGAUCAAGACUCGGACUGCACCCGCUGAAUCCACCGCGUCCCACCUCACACGCUCUACAUACGCACACUCUAAU